AUGGAUGACAACCAGGACCUCCCAGCCAUCGAAAGAAACAGGGACCUCCACAUAUGGAUCCUGGAGAACCGGAGGCUGAUGCCAGUCCCCGAGAAGGCUUACGGAAACUUCUUCGAGGGACACUGCUACGUCGUGCUCCACGUCCCUCAGAACCCCAAGGCCAAGCCGGAGGCGCCCAGCAACCUGCACUACUGGGUUGGGAAGAUGGCAACAGCAGAGGCACAGAGCGCUGUGGGUGUCUUCAUGCAGCGCCUGCAAGAGUCGCUGGGGUGCCCGGCCGUGCAGCACCGGGAGGCACAGGGCCACGAAUCCGCCUGCUUCUGCAGCUACUUCCGCCCGGGAGUCAUCUACAGGAAGGGAAGCCUGCCCUCCGACCACAGGCACAUAGAGACCAACGCCUACAACAUCCAGCGACUGCUGCACAUCAGGGGCAGGAAACACGUCUCUGCCACCGAGGUGGAGCUCUCCUGGGACAGCUUUAACAAGGGGGACAUCUUCCUGUUGGACCUGGGCAAGCUGAUGAUCCAGUGGAACGGACCCAAGGCCAGCAGCUCCGAGAAGUCUCGGGCGCUGGCCCUGACCCACAGUCUCCGGGACAGGGAGCGUGGGGGCCGUGCACAGAUCGGAGUGGUGGAGGACGAGGCGCAAGCCAGCGACCUCAUGCAGGUCAUGGAGGCUGUGCUGGGCCGCAGAGCGGGCAGCCUGCAAGCAGCAGUGCGCCCUGCGAGGCGGGAGCAGCGACAGACAGCCAACGUCCGCCUCUACCACGUGUACGAGAAGGGUGAUGACCUGGUGAUCCAGGAGGUGGCCACGCAGCCGCUGACCCAGGACCUGCUGAGAGAGGAGAACUGCUACAUCCUGGACCAGGCUGGCUCCAAGGUCUACGUGUGGCAGGGACGCACGUGCGGUGUCCAGGAGAGAAAGGCCGCCUUCGGCCGGGCACUGGGCUUCAUCCAGGCCAAGGGCUACCCGCCGCACACCAACGUGGAGGUGCUGAGCGACGGGGCCGAGUCGGACGCCUUCAGACAACUCUUCCGGACGUGGGCGGCCAAGCCUGGAGGGAGCCGGAGGCUGGGCGCCAAGGGUGCGGUGACCCAGGCAAAGCUGGACGUGGGCAGGCUAUACAGCCAACCUGAGCUAGCUGCGCAGCUCAGGAUGGUGGACGACGGCUCCGGGAAGGUGGAGGUAUGGCGCAUCCAGGACCUACACAGGCAGCCUGUGAACCCCAAGCGUCACAGCUGGCUGUAUGCGGGCAGCUGCUACCUCAUCCUUUACACCUACCAGAGGUCGGGUGUGGUCCAGUACAUCUUGUACCUGUGGCAGGGAAAGCAGGCCACCACAGCUGAGAUUCAGGCCCUGAACCACAGCGCCGAGGAAUUGGACCUGGCCUACCGCGGAGCCCUGGUGCUGCAGUACAUCACCAUGGGCAAUGAGCCGCCCCACCUCCUCGCCAUCUUCCAGGGCCAGCUGGUGGUCUUCCAGGGGAGUGCCGGGGGACCCAGUGGGAAGGAGCAGCCAGCCUCCGGCACCACCAGGCUCUUCCACAUACAAGGCACUGACAGCCAUAACACCAGGACCAUGGAGGUGUCAGCCAGGGCCUCGUCCCUCCAUUCCAGUGACAUCUUCUUGCUGCUGACAGACAGAGUGUGCUACCUCUGGUUUGGGAAGGGCUGCAGCGGUGACCAGCGCGAGAUGGCGCGCACGGUGGUGCCAGUCAUCUCCCAGAAGGGCGAGGAAACGAUGCUGGAGGGCCAGGAGCCCCCACUCUUCUGGGAGGCCCUGGGUGGCCGGGCCCCCUACCCCAACCACAAGAGGCUCCCCGAGGAGGUGACUGGCUUCCAGCCACGACUGUUUGAGUGCUGCAGCCCAUCAGGGCGCCUGGUCCUCUCAGAGGUGGCAUUCUUCAGCCAGGAGGACCUGGGCAAGCAUGACAUCUUGUUGCUGGACACCUGGCAGGAGAUCUUCCUGUGGCUCGGGGAAGCUGCAGGGCAGCGGAAGGCAGAGGCAUUGGUGGCCUGGGGCCGCGAGUACCUGAAGAACCACCCAGCCGGGAGGAGUCUGGCCACGCCCAUCCUGCUGGUCAAGCAAGGCCAUGAGCCUCCCACCUUUGCUGGAUGGUUCCCCUCUUGGGAUCCCUACAAAUGGACUGUGAGUGAGGCACAACCCCCCUUCCAGUUCUCCGGGGAUGUGGUGGAUGGCAGCCCAGGCUCAGCACCUGCCAGCUCUGAUGUUGCAACGGAAGUCAGUAGCUUCCAGCUAACCAGCCAGGCGGGGUCAGGGACCAGCAGGAGGGGUCGUCUGGCUCCGCAGAUCCUCAAGAGCUCCCAGGACCGCCCAGAGAAAGAACCCGGGCUGGGAUCCAGGGCAGGUGGUGGCAGCACUGGCCCCAGCUCUCUGAUCAAUGGGACCCUGCCCCGUGAGCAGUUGAUGCACCGGACAGUUGAGAACCUGCCGGAGGGCGUGGACCCCACUCGCAAGGAGUUCUACCUGUCAGAUUCAGACUUCCAAGAUGUCUUUGGGAAAUCCAAGCAGGAGUUCUACAGCAUGGCCAAAUGGAAGCAGCAGCAGGAGAAAAAGCGGCUGGGUUUCUUCUGAACCCCUGCCCAGCCUGAGUCCCCAACACCCCCGAGCCCCUGGGCCCUCUCCCCAGUCAGUAAAAGCUGGG